UAAAGCUUUGUCUGACCCGGACAGGCAAGAAACCCAGUCGAAUGUUCUUUUAUGAGUACGUUAAAUGAAGUAAUGGAACAGUUGAUAUGUAUGGUUGAUGUCACUUACUAUUCCAUCUCCUUUUUCUCAUUCAUCUAGCGGAAGGACUUUUCUUCAAUUAUGGAGUUUUAAAAAGCAGAGAGUGGAUUUUGAGGGGAAAGAGGGGCUUUCCCCUCAAGUUGACGGCUGGAUUGCACGGGUGUAAGGUUUGAGGACUUGUUGAACAUGUUGCCUUUUGUAAAUUAUGUGAAAAGUUCAUAGAAGACAGAUUAUUUUUUAGACUAUUUAUUUUUACGAUUUUGUACGCAAGAUAAAACACGUUGUUGUUGUUGUUGAUGGUGUAAUGCCAUAUGAGUUGAGCAGCUUGACUAAUGGUCAGCAUUUUGUUGCGAUGGUAGACUGAGCAAGUUUCACUUUCUCUGGGGUUGCUAGAGUGCGGUGGAACCUCAACACAAGCACAAUUCUAGCACUCCACACUACUACCAUCUAAGUCUUUAGUUAUUUGAAUUUAAGGAUUUAAUGCACACCUCCAACGUGGAAGCCUUUUUUUGAUGCUGAUCAGCACGUCUGCAGUGUGUGUAUUGUGUUGCCUUAGAUUUGGUUUGGAAUUUAGGGUAGACUGUCAGAAAUCAGGCCUUAAUUUGAGGAUUUUGAGUGACUCAGGAUGAGUCUGGAAUUGUCAGACUGCACCCCAAAAUGCCGCUCAAUGCAGCAUGCAAAUGAGGUGGUAGCGGCAAUAACAAGUGGCUCAGAACGGCAGCUACGAGCGUUUUUAACAUCACACUGCCACAAUGCUGCAAUAUUGCGGGAUGAAUUUGGUCGCACAGCAUUGCACUUGGCUGCCUCCCUGGGAAAGAAGGCUUUACUGGAGUGGCUGCUGGAAAGUAAGAACGCUGACUUGUCGGUGAAGGAUAAAGAAUCAGGCUGGACCGCUCUGCACCGUAGCGUCUUCUAUGGACAGAUCCAUUGUCUCAUUUCGCUGGUCAAGCAUGGUGGAGUCAUAUCUACUCAGGAUAAGGAGGGUCUCUCUACAGUGGACUUGAUAAUGAAGGACCGACCGCAUCAUGUGGUGUUUAAAACCUCUGACCCGACUGAGGUGUAUACAUGGGGAAACAAUAGCAAUUUCAGCCUUGGCCAUGGUAAUCAAGACAGCCGACAGCACCCUGAGCUCGUCGAUGUCUUUGCCAAGACUGGCGUUUAUGUUAAGCAGGUGGUGCUCUGCAAGUUCCAUUCAGUGUUUCUCUCAAAGAAAGGUCAAGUGUUUACAUGUGGACACGGGCAAGGUGGACGACUAGGCCAUGGAGAUGAACAGACUUACCUGGUUCCCCGACUGGUGGAGGGUCUGAUGUCCCACCACUGUUCUCAGGUGGCAGCAGCAAAAGAUCACACAGUGGUGCUGACAGAAGAAGGUUAUGUUUACACUUUUGGGCUUAACACCUUCCACCAACUAGGUUUGACGCCUCCGCCAGCUUCAGCACAUGUUCCUAAACAGGUGUUUUCCAAGACACUAAGAGGGAGGGCAGUAAUUGGAGUUGCUGCAGGCAGGUUCCAUACAGUGCUGUGGACUAAGGAUGCAGUUUAUACAAUGGGACUCAAUGGAGGGCAGCUUGGGUACCUGUUGGACCCUAAUGGGGAAAGGUGUGUGACAGCUCCACGGCAAAUUUCUGCUCUGCACCAAAAGGACGUCACCAUAGCAAUGGCUGCUGCAAGUGGUGGCGCGACUGUGAUUGUGAGCGAGAAAGGAGAUGUCUACUUGUUGGCUGAUUACCAGUGUAAAAAAAUUGCUUCAAGGCAGCUCAACAUCAAGAAAGUCCUUGUCACUGGUGGCAAUCUCGACCAUCGUGUGAAUCCCCAGAUUUUAAAUGAGUGUGGGGGAGAAAAGGUGUCCAUCUUGUUAUUGGAUGAAGCUGGUCGGGUGUUCUGUUGGCGCUCCUCAGGUAGCUCGGUGAGACAGUGUCGGUGGGCGUACGGGCGCCAGGUUUUCAUGUCAGACAUUGCUCUCAGCAAAAAUGCCAUGAUGUUUGUGACUAAGGAGGGGGAGGGCUUCAGUGGCAUGUGGGCUGGAGAAUAUAAAAAGUACACCGACAAAAAAGAGAUCAAUGUGGAAGUUUGUGGACAUUCAGAUGUUGGGACAAUAUUUGAGCGAAUUCGUUUGGAAAAGCUCCCCCACAUUCACAGAGCUGUCAGCAUCACCAUGGACUCCAAUGGUCGGAAUUUUGGAUUGCUCCAGGUUGAUCCCAAAACAAGUUUAUAUGAGAUUCCCAGCAUUUCGCCAUCGUCUUUUGCGACACACUUCCAAAGACUUCUGGGGGAAGCAGAUGAAAUGGACAGUAUCCAUGAUGUAACACUUCAAGCCGGCAAUCGCACCUUCGCAGCUCACAAAUAUAUCCUGUCCAUGAGGUCUGAGUUCUUCCGUAAACAGUUUAUGGCUGAGCGUUGUGGGAUCGAUGAAGAACUUGAUAAAGAAGUGAGGAAGAGUGAAGAUGCAGUGGGCUGCGACUUGCUUAUUUUGGAGACGAUUCCACCCGACAUGCUAGAGUAUGCCCUGCAAUUCAUCUACACAGAUAAUUGUGAGCUACUGGUCCACGGGACCCGACCUAAACAGCAUAGCUCCUGGAUUGAUCAAAGCCAGAAAACAGAGGGGAAAAGUCUUAUCAGCAGUCUGCGAGGCUUGAACCUGAGAGGUAGGACAGCACUGGAAGUAUAUCGCUCCCUUCCCUUUGCAGCUGAAGGAGAUUGUAACAAGAUCACAAACAAGGUCUCCAAACCCGGCAAGAAGGGAAAAGGCAAAGGUGCCAAUGAUGUCGGGUACAACCCAGUCAAAACUCUACAAGGAGUAGCAAAGAAGCUUGGCCUCAGCAGCUUGUCUACACGACUGGAUGGUGUUAAAUAUGAGGGUGGAAAGAUCAACGUUAUACACAAGAAAGCUGGCAACCAACUCAAAUUCAACCAAAAGAAAUGUUCUUACCUAUGUGAUGUUACUCUGAAAUCAGUAGAUGGGAAAGAGUUUCCUUGCCAUAAAAGUGUCCUGUGUGCGAGACAAGAAUACUUCCACAGUAUGCUUGGCAAUCCGUGGAUCGAGGCUACAUCGUGUUCUGCACUUAAGAUGCCUACCACCUCAGAUAUUCUACAGGCCAUUCUUGAGUAUAUAUACACGGAUGAUUCCCCCACCAUUAGAGAGUCUCUGAAUGUGGUAUUUGUCUGCAACGUGCUUGUUGUAGCUGAUCAGCUGCUGAUCCCACGGUUAAAGGAAAUGUGUGAGGUUGUCAUCACAGAAAAUUUAACUCUGAAAAAUGCAGCAGAGCUGUUGGAGUUUUCCGCCAUAUACAACGCUGAGCAACUUAAACUUUCCUGCCUCCAGUUCAUCGUGCUGAACAUGGCUGCACUACUUGAGUCAAAAGCUCUAGAUGGCCUUAGUGAUGAAGUGCUACUGGACCUUUCUGCAGCUUACAAGAAGAUGAUCCCAUCAAUGCAAAGGAGGGUUGUCACUCCAUAUCCUGACGCCCCAGAUCUUAGUCUGUUUGAUGAUGAGGACUUUGCCUUCAGUCCCAAACUGGAAUCAGAACUAGGGCAAUCCAGCAGGGAAGUACUGUUACGGAAAGCCAAGAUGAAGGCGAAAAAGAAACCAAGACGACGCUCUGACAGCUCAGGAGGCUACACAUUGUCGGAUAUUAUUCAAAGCCCCCCGGCUGCAGCAGUUUCUCCUUGCCUGAUAAAGACAGGAAAAGGUACCUCCACAGAGUCACUACAGGAACUGCUCACAUCAGACUCGGAGGGUAGCUGCAUGGAGCAGGGCAGCCCUAGAGACAUGCAGUCACCAAUCUUUCAUGACAAGGCUGUGGAGGAGAAGGUCAUUUAUCAGAAGAUAAUAACCCCACCCAAUAGCUCAAGGAAUGGCCUCCCAGCUCCCCCCACAUCUGGUCCAAAAGAUAUCCCGAAGAGCCUCAACAGACCUUCCCAUCCACCUCCUGUCUUGGAUUUUAGAGCUAUCAUGGACAUGGAAGCCAAUUCUAUGCAGACCCUCAGAGCUGCUCCAAAAAGCCCAACAAGUGUUCUCUCCCUCUGCAAACAUUCUCCUGUUCCGACUAAAUUAUCCCAGAAGCAAAGGAAGAAGUUGUCUUUGGCCAGUAAGGAGAACAGUGUGGAGUCCACGCCAUCCAAACCCACCCCCACAGACACGCCAUCCAAGAACAGCAGUGGGAAGACCUGGGCAACAGCCUUACAGUCUCCACCCUCCUCAUUCUCUUUUCGGGAACUGAUGAAGGAGGAGGAGAACUUACUCAUCAGAGCGGGUCAGACUGGAACUCAGAAGAGCCACAUAGCUCAAGCAUCCCCUGUCAGUGUUAAACCUGUUAGCAGGAAAGUGACAUUCAAGUGUGCUGAGGGCAGUGAGCUGGAGAAACCUGGGCCUUGGAUGAUGGCAGCAGCGGGAAGCCCUCCCCUCCCCCCUUUGGUGACCUUUGCUUCCAUCGUGGAAGAGGAGCGACAGCAGGAAGCAGCGCUAAUCCGCAGCCGAGAGAAACCGCUGGCGCUCAUUCAGAUUGAAGAACGGGCUAUUCAAGACCUUCUAUUCCAUUACAAGGCACACGACAACCCUGAUGAGCUGAUUUUGGUGGAGAGGGCCUCUUCAGGUCCCAUGGCAGCUCCAAUAUGGAACAAACACUGAUUGCUUGCCACGCCAUUGCAGUGAAGUGAGAGGAUUUUUGGCAAUGUGCUAACAUCAUGUGCUCAUAGUUUAGAAAUCUAUGCUACUUUCUACACAGUGUUACAUCAAGUUUUCCUCAUAUGCUGCAUUGUGUUAUUAAUGUGUCACGGGUGAAUGUUGUCCACAUUAAGUAAAUGUACUGAGGCGUUUUAGGGUUGGAGCUUUUUUGUGAAAGGCUCAUGUGGCUUAUUUUAACACUUCCCAAUAUUAUUGUAAUGUGAUGUUGCCAAAGAAACCAAAUGGAGGACACACAGGUUGCACAUUGCAGAACGUGUGUUUAAUUAUUUAAAGUUCUCCAAUAUCUUGAAAGUUUGGCGUGCCAACUAGAAAAUGGCAGUAGCUUAAUUUUGAUGGACAAUUCUCUUUCUUGCUCAUUCAACUAAUUGAUUUUACAGUGUCAUUAUGUCAUUGGUAUCAAUUGAUAGAAAAAUUGAGUCAUUCAAAAAUUCUUUAUUUGUCUAAUCCAUUGUUUGUGUUCUGGGUACUUAUAGACUUUGCAGGGUGAAUUAUGUGGAACUGGAUUUGACGCCUCAUGUUUGCAAGGUGCUGUUAUCAAAGUUGGCAUUCAGCAGCUUCUAAGAAUAUUGAUUUUCUGUUUUGAUUUACUUCUUUUUUUUCUUCAGCCUCUAUCGGUACCUCAGACAACUAGGAAGUUUGUGAUUGGAUUUUCUUUCUAUUAAUGAGAUAUGGCAUGAAAUAAAGUAUCUCACUUGUGCAAUGAUUCCUAUUCUGAAUGGGAUAUUAAUUAAAUGGCAAGCCGAGUGAAAACGGUGACA